AUGGAGAUGUUACUAUUACCAACGACUCGACCAGAAACUAAUUUCUUUUUUCUCCAACACAUUGCCUUCGGUUUUGUGGUGGAACACCGACGUUCGCGCAAGAGUCGAAAUCGCGAGUCUAUGGCACGCUUUGCUGUAAAUGUUGCAGAAAGGACGCUCUCUAGUACACCGCGAAAGCAUCGUGUUGGAUUGUCAUCGCGGCAGCAUUUUGACUUGGAAGUCACAGAAUCUGAGCGAGGUGGCUCACCGCCAACGGGCUUUAGUCUGUCUCCACAGCCUCAGCUUGAAGAUAACCUUUUCAAAGUCAGUCAAUGCAGCAAGGCAACAAGCGCCAUUCCUUCCCUAGCAAGUUUAGAAGAAAUCGAAAUGGGAGCAGUACCGUCGAUGUACGAGACACCAUCGAGGAGCCAUCAUUUUCCUGUUGAGAUGCAGUACUCUACUCCUACUAAUGAGACUGCGUCUACAGAAACCAUUCCGAAGCUAAAACUGUCUCCGAAAGAGGAUGUGGACACCGAUGACUCUUUGCAUUUUCCUCUGCUUCUGGAAUCGAGCCUAUGGCUAGAUUGA